AUGGGGAAGCUGGUGGAGAUUAUUGACCAAGGGAUCAGGAUUGUGGCAAGGUUUCACUCCAACUGCCCCCAAACAGGCCGCAAGUACUACCACCCUCCGUCCCUCUCCGACAACAAUCACGCCCACCACUCCCACGCUGGUGCCACCGCCACCGCCGGAGUCAAAGAGACUGUAACUGCUAGGAAUUUUGACAUAAUUAUUUGUUCCGUUUGA